AUGUCUUCAACUGUUACACCUUCAAACAAUAUGUCUGGAAGUUCAGCAAACUUGGCUGCUCCCAGCAACAUCGCGGUGUUCGACUCACAGUCUAUGACACCAACAAAUAAAUUAAGCGACGACGGCUUCGAGCUGAAAGCGCAUCCUGAACAACCCCGCGAAAUCCCCCAAAAACCGCUCUCUGAAUAUGUCCUCGUCAUGUGCCUGUGUCUGAUGGUUGCAUUUGGUGGGUUCGUAUUUGGAUGGGACACUGGUACGAUUUCCGGUUUUGUCAACAUGACAGAUUUCAAGCGCCGUUUUGGUGAACUUGACGCCGCAACAGGUGAUUAUGUAUUGUCCAGCGUCAGAACCGGUCUUAUCGUUGGUAUUUUCAACGUUGGUUGCGCCGUCGGUGGUCUAACGCUAGGUCGUCUUGGUGAUAUUCAAGGUCGCCGCUUGGGAUUGAUGAGUGUCAUUGCCGUGUAUGUCGUUGGGAUUGUGAUUCAAAUCGCCUCGGUCGACAAAUGGUACCAGUACUUUGUCGGCAGAAUCGUGUCCGGUCUUGGAGUUGGCGGUAUCGCGGUCUUGUCGCCCACCCUUAUUUCAGAAACUGCACCAAAACAUUUGAGAGGAACUUGUGUUGCUUUCUAUCAAUUAAUGAUCACUCUGGGUAUUUUCAUGGGUUACUGCACCAACUACGGAACCAAAACCUACUCGGACUCCGUGCAAUGGAGAGUUCCUCUUGGUCUGUGCUUCAUGUGGGCUAUUUUCAUGGUUGCCGGAAUGGUAUUUGUUCCAGAGUCUCCACGCUUUUUGAUUGAAAAGGGAAAAUUGGAAGAAGCCAAACGCUCGCUUGCCAAGUCUAACAAGUUGAGCACGGAAGAUGCUGGUAUCAUUGCCGAAGUGGACCUUAUCAAUGCAAGCGUUGAAGCUGAAAGGCUGGCCGGCAAUGCUACCUGGGGCGAACUGUUCUCACCCAAGGGAAAAAUCCUGCAGCGUGUGAUUAUGGGCGCCGUCAUUCAGUCUUUGCAGCAGCUUACCGGUAACAAUUACUUUUUCUACUACGGAACCACGAUUUUCCAGGCUGUCGGACUAGAGGACUCUUUCCAAACAUCGAUCAUCCUGGGUGUAGUGAACUUCAUGUCCACAUUUGUCGGUCUGUACACGGUCGAAAAAUACGGUCGUCGCAAGUGUCUGUUGUGGGGAUCAGCCGCGAUGGCGGUAUGCUUUGUGAUUUUUGCCUCGGUCGGUGUGACAAGACUGUGGCCCGAUGGGAGAGACGCGCCUUCGUCCAAAUCCGCCGGUAACGCUAUGAUUUUCUUCACCUGUCUGUUUAUCUUUUUCUUUGCCACGACCUGGGCUCCAAUUGCGUAUGUCAUUGUAGCGGAGACCUACCCGCUACGUGUGAAAAACCGGGCGAUGGCCAUUGCCGUGGGGUCGAACUGGGUGUGGGGGUUUAUCAUUGGUUUCUGCACGCCUUUCAUCACGUCUGCGAUCAAUUUCUACUACGGCUACGUUUUCAUGGGCUGUUUGGUGUUUUCGUUUUUCUACGUUUUCUUUUUCGUGUGUGAGACCAAGGGCUUGACGCUUGAGGAGGUUAACGACAUGUACCAGGAGGGCGUGCUGCCAUGGAAGUCUGCGGAGUGGAUUCCACCUUUGAGAAGAGGCGAGUUUGCAAGCACCGCGGAGUCGGUGGACUCCAAGGCGUGA